AACAAGCAGCUGAUCAAAAAAUAAAAAAAAUAUAUAAAAUUGCGAACAUCGUAGAAAAAUAGUACAAUAUUAUAUUAUUCUCAUCCUAUUAUUGUAAUGGAAGCAAUUUUACUUGUACACGGUGGAGCGGGAGAUAUCACAGAUGCUAGGGUAGACGGAAAAUUGGAUGGUAUGAAACAGGCUUUACGAUCUGCAAAAGAGCAUUUAUGGCCUUCAAGUGGGGAAGACGGUAAUGCAUUGGAUGCAGUUGAGGCUGCCGUUCGAGAAAUGGAAUGCAAUGGGAACUUUAAUGCUGGCUAUGGUGCUUGUUUAAAUCUCGAAGAAAAAGCAGAAGUUGAAGCCAGUAUUAUGGAUGGUGCUGAGCUUAAAGCUGGCUGUGUAACACUUUUGCAUGAUAUUUUACAUCCAAUAUCAGUGGCGAGAUGUGUAAUGGAAAAAACUAAACACUCGUUUUUGGGAGGAACUGCUGCACAAAAAUUUGCAUUGGAACAAGGUUUUGAGCAAUUGGAAGAUGGUUCUUUGGUUACGAAGGACGCUCUUCUGGCGUUAAACGAAUUUAAAAACUUACAAGCUAAAGGUUUAGAUACUACAUAUGCUAGAACAGAACUGGAUGUUCCUGGUGAGCCCGGUACAGUUGGAGCCGUAGCUAUAGAUAGUAAGGGUAACAUAGCAGUUGCCACCUCAACGGGAGGUAUUACUGGAAAAGUACCAGGUCGCAUUGGAGAUACUCCACUUUUGGGUUGUGGUACGUAUGCCGAUAACUCGAUUGGGGGUGUAUCAACUACCGGUCAUGGAGAGACCAUUAUGCGUUUUAAUUUAGCUCAACAAAUUCUAUCGAAAAUCCGAUAUGAAAAAAAGACAGCACAACAGGCCACGGAAGAUGCCUGCAAAGAAAUGACUGAACGUUUAAUCGGUACAGCAGGGGCAAUAACAAUUGACAGAAAAGGUCAAAUUGGCAUAUAUUGGACAUCGAAACGCAUGGCGUGGGCUUAUACAAAAGGUACGAAUAUAAUUUGUGGAAUUAAUCAUAAUGAAAAGUUCAUAGAAGAAUUGUAAACUUCGCCCUAAAUAUAAAAGAUGAACAGACGAAUAAAAAUCUAUAAAGUUGAAUAUUAUUUUAAUGAAACAAACUUUAAAAAGAAAUAAUUUUGAAAUUGUAUGUACUUUUUUAUGUAAGCAGAUACCGAAAACAAUAGUUAUUUAUGCAAUUUUUAACUCAAAAAAAUCAGUAUGAAGAAAAUGCCUUUAUAUACACCAUAAUAUUUCUCGUAACUAUCUAUAUGAUUGUUCAAUAAAAUUUUUUUUAUAAUAAAAACAAAAAAAAAAUAA